AUGGAUACUUCUUUCAGCUUCAACCCUCUGUGGGAGGAGAAAGCAAUCAUCUACAAGCCUGAGGUAGCUCUCCGUGCUCUGGAUGACAAGAUCUACGGCAUCAUCCUGAAGUCUGGUCUCUUGCCCAAGAGCGGCGAGGUCUUCCUCACACCCGAGGUCUUGCGCAUAGUCUCCGCCGUUGCGAAACACAUGCUACUGAACCUUGGUAUCGACAACGAGGUUCUUAGCAAGAUCCGGACCACUGCUGUCAAAUUAGUCCCAGGUCGCAGCACGUUCUAUCUCAUCGAUGCGUGCCUUGUGUCUUGGUAUGUUCAGGCUGUGGAUGUCAUCUUCGCUCAUAACGAAGCCCGCCGCUUCGUUUCCAGACCCAACAUGCCAUCUGCUUGGAUCGGGGGCUAUACCAACGAACGCCCUAUGGCCAACCUGGGCUUUAUGAGCAUGCUUGCAGGAACCCGGGAUGUGAGCAUGCCUGAGCAUCCUAAGCUUCGUGCAGCCGCCCUCGUGUCGAAGGCCACAGUAUCGGUUCUAUACACUGCUUAUACUAUUGGGCCUCAUCUCAAAGACUUCCCUUGGGACAGACUCGAACGUAUGCCGGUCCUUCCAGCCGUUGAUCUUUAUCUCAAGGUCUUCAUCUCCAGUUGCGGCAGCAUCUACAGUAACAAGCCAGCCAUCGCACCUCCCCCUGCUUUUGAGUACAGUGUUACUCAAGACGAUGUCAAGAUAUCCAAAUGUGGCAGCAAGCUCAUGAUCAAGACACACGGAGAUGAGACCUGGCACGCAGCUCCCAAAUGGCACCCCUACAUCAAGCUUCCCGGGUCCCCAUGGAACAACUUUAUCAGAAACCGCAAACAAGCCAUCUUUUUGGAAGACUCAGGCUAUUCCAACUAUUGUGAAUCCGAGUCGGCAGAUUCUGGGUCCGAGUCAGGGUCUCCUUCUGGGUUCGCACCCGAGCCCGAGAAGGCCGAGUCGGAGCAUUCUAAGUCGGACGAAGUAACCAUCAAGUACAAGCUUCCGAGCUCAGUCCUUACCAUCUUCCGAGAAUUCGAGGAUAAAUAUUCCACCGCCAGGGAAGAGUUGGACUUGAACCACCCACGCAGUCGACGUGUUCUUUCGGAGCGCGCAACCAUCCGUCAGUACAACCGGUUCGCUCGUCUUUCAGGUCGUACCUAUGCGAAGGAGUGCCCGGAUGAUGCUUCUGCUGUUUAUCUGACUGAUGUCAACGAGGAUUUUCUGUAUUAUUCUCCUGUGAUCCAAAAACCUCGUGCAGAUGCAGCUGGAAAUCUUGGUCUCCCUUUCAUGUCCACUGCAGUUCACUCUGUGGGGGUUCACGAUGACCCUGAGGAGCCUGACGAUGGUUUCUUCAUUAUGACUUACAAGCAAUAG